AAACAAAAUGCUAAUGUGUAUUCAUUAGCCGAUAUAUACAACUGCCAUUUGUAGUUUAUUUAUGUAGCGAGCGAAAAGGAUUCAUCAAACAACUGUAAGCUACGGAGAGAGGUGUGUGGGUGUCCUAACAACUUGAGGCUAGAUGACUUCAGUGGAAGAUAAGGCUAGAGCUCCUGCCUGUGCCCCAAACUGCUUCUCUCUGCCUUUGGUUUAUGCAUGACUCUUGCAUUUGCAGUGCCACUGAUCACUUGGAAGACUAAAGGAAGUGUUUAGCUUGAAGAUGGCAACCAUCACUGACCUGAAGGAAGCUAGUGGUACCCAAAACUCUGGGGACAUUUUGCUGCCAGACUUCCCUAAGGGACCACUUUGUGUGUACCGCAAGAAGGCUUCCUUCAACUGGAAAGAGAUGGCAGUGUUUUUAGAGGGGAAAGAACUCCUCCAAUAUAAGAAUGGAAUCUUCUCUGCUUUGGAAAAUGAUCCACUCUUUGCUCGUCAUCAUGGAGAAGAUAUAACCCAAGAGAAACAUCGUGAGCUGACGUUCCUGCGUUGCAAGAGGCUCUUUGAAUAUGAGUUUCUAAAUAUGGAAGAUCUCAUAGUGAAUCCAUUAAAACUUAUGAUACUGUUACAGUGCCUUGGGAUGUAUGAUUGGUCUCUGUUUCUCAAAUAUAUCUUACAUCACCAAAAUUUCAAGAAUAUAAUCGAAGGUGCUGGUUCUGAGAGGCAUAAGGAAUUGUUGAGACAAGUUGAUAACAUGGAGAUUUUUGGAUGUUUUGCUCUGACUGAACUUAGCCAUGGAACCAAUACAAAGGCUAUCCGGACAACUGCCCGAUAUGACACCAGUACUCAGGAAUUUGUCAUCAACACUCCUGAUUUUGAAGCUGCCAAGUUUUGGAUUGGUAACAUGGGAAAAAAUGCUACUCAUGCAGUUCUGUAUGCCCAGCUCUAUACUCCGGAUGGAAAAUGCCAUGGAUUGCAUACCUUUCUUGUACAGAUUCGAGAUACAAAAACAUUGUUGCCAAUGCCUGGAGUGAUGGUAGGUGACAUAGGAAAGAAACUUGGGCAGAAUGGUUUGGAUAAUGGAUUUGCCAUGUUUCACAAUGUCAAGAUACCUAAAGAAAACUUACUGAGUAGAACUGGAGGUGUCACAGUGGAGGGGGUAUACACAAAUUCAUUUAAGGAUCCCAAACAUCGUUUUAGUGCUUCUCUUGCAGCUUUCUCUGCUGCCAGAAUUUCAGUAGUACAAAUGUCUGUUGCUAAUUUAAAGCUCGCUUUGCCGAUAGCCAUUCGCUUCUCUGCAACGCGCCAUCAAUUUGGGCCAACAGAUGAUGAAGAAAUACCAGUCCUUGAAUACCAAAUGCAGCAAUGGCGUCUUCUUCCCUAUCUGGCAGCUACGUAUGCCUUAGACCAUUUCGUCAAGACUUUGUUCAUGAACUUCGUAGAAUUUAAAAUAGGCGUUGCGAUGAAGGAAAAGAGAAGAAAGGCUGAACUCGGACGUGAACUUCAUGCUUUGGCUGCUGCUGGCAAACCACUGGCCUCCUGGACUGCGCAGCAGGCAGCCCAGGAGUGUCGAGAAGCUUGUGGAGGACAUGGCUACUUAUCCAUGAAUCGUCUAGGUGAUAUCCGCAAUGACAAUGAUCCAAACUGCACAUAUGAAGGAGACAAUAAUGUCCUGCUGCAGCAAACUAGCAACUACUUGUUGAAUUGGGUGACUGUGAAACACCAAGAUAAAGCGCCUAUUGAAUCCCCUUUUGGAACAGUAAACUUUUUGGACGAUUACCAUUAUAUUGUGAGCCAAAAAUUUACAGCCUCUAGUGCUGAAGAUUGCAUGAACUCUUCAGUUCCUUUAGCAGCCUACAAAUGGCUGGUGUGUUACCUACUCCAAGAAAGUGACCUUAAGGUGAACCAGAAGAAACAGUCUGGAUGUAGUGAUUUUGAGGCGAGAAACAACAGCCAGGUAUACUACUGUCGUUCAUUAGCUAUGGCUUUUAUUGAGCAUACAGUUUUACAAAGAUACCAUGAUUACACUCAUGCUCCCACCACACCAUCUACUCUCCAGCCUGUACUAAAGCAACUCAGUGCUCUCUAUGGACUAUGGUCUUUAAGUAAACAUAUGGCUGUGCUCUAUCAAGGUGGAUAUAUUUUAGGUGAAGAACCUGCUAGGUUUAUCCAAAAUGCUAUUCUGGAACUCUGUACCAAGUUGAAAGAUGAUGCUGUUGCCUUGGUUGAUGUCAUUGCUCCUCCUGACUUCAUUCUGAACUCACCCAUUGGCAGAUCUGAUGGAGAGCUAUAUAAAAAUCUCUGGAGUACAGUCCUGCAAGGCAACGAGGUCCUUCAGAGACCAUCAUGGUGGGCAGAAUUUUGUACCAAUAAACCCAUUGUAGGCAGACUGAGAUCAAGACUAUAAUUCAAACAAAAUGUAAAAAAUGGCCUAAAAAGAGAGAACCUAAAUGAAACAUUACAAAGGAUCGCAAAUGAAGGUUUUCAUACUAAGAUGUGAAGAACUGGAACAACUGUGAAAUCAAAUCCAACCUAGUUUCAAGGGCUGUUGACAUCAUAAUGGCAAGAUUAUUUCAGCACUUCCGCAUAGUUUUGCUAUUAAUCAGUCAAAAAUCUCCAUUAAUAUUAUUUGCUUAUCACAGCUUUAACAUGUCGGUUCAAUAAGUACAAAUUAAAUAUUACUUCUGUCAUCAUAAUCUUCCAAUCCUGUAAAUAUUGGCAUGCUGAAGACUUUGACCAUCCAAAUAAUUGUCCUACUUUGGGCCAUAAAUGCAUGUUUCUCAACCAGGGCACUGUAAGAUUCUUUUAAGGGUGACACAGGGCACCACACAAUGUUACUGUUACUUUUACUGUAUUCUUUGCAACAGAAGAAUUGGUCUUACCGUAUUUACCAGAAUCGAAGGCGACGCCCAAUAACUAGGUUCUGUACAGUAUGUGGAAAAUUUAUAAACUUAUCAUAAUGUUCAACAUCUAGAAUCCAAUUAUUGGAAGGUCAUCAUAAAUUCAUCCCCCACCACUACAGUGGGGCAAGCAGUGGUAGGGGGCAGGUAAGAGAGAAGUCAAGUGUCCUGACCCCUGGCUCUUGACCACCCCCUGCACCUUGUCUCUUCUGCUGCCUUUCCCCACCACCACUUAUCCCCUCUGCUGAUUGCACCAGCCCCUCCUGCCCAGUGCCUGUGUACUGUGGUGCUUGCCCCCUCCCCACCCAACACCUGCCCCUCUGCUAUUUUCUUUCCCCCUGGUACCUGCCUCCCCCCCACAGUGCCUGCACCCAUUAACACCUGACCCCCCACCACUUACCUUCUUCCCACCUGCACCCCUGCACCACUACUUUGAACCCCCCACAACUUUCCCUUUAGCUGCUGCCUGUGACCCCUUCCCUAGCUCCAGACUCACUCUAGCCCAGGACAUGAAGCACAUGGUUUCCCUGGAGGAGAGGCUGUAGGGGAAGAUGUGACUUGGGGUGGGGGGUAGUUGGGCAGCAUCUGUAGCUUCAACCCCAACCCUGGAGUUGGAGCAACAAUAACUGCCUUCCCCUCUCUGUACUCUAUACUCUGUGCUUUAAAACAAGGAGCUUUCCCACCUCCCAUGUUAGAUGGGGAAAAAAAUCUCAUCUUGGUUUUGAGUAAAUAUGGUAUUUUUCUAAAGUCUAAAAGUAAAAAAAUGAAUGAAAGCUAAGAGCUGGCAUUUUCCAAGGGGUGCCACAAGCCUAACAAGGGUUGUUUUGUGUCUAAUAAGGUUGACAACCAGUGACAGACAGCUAGACCAGCAUAAACUUAUCAAGCUUCUGGGGUAACCAAAGUAGAAUUUUUUUUAAAAAGGAGAAGCAGAUUACUAUUAGGUAGGCCUGUGAGAAGUGGCAAGUAGGGCUAUGCCCUGCUGCCGCUUGCCCCCUUCUACCGAGCGCACCCCUGCAUCCCGCCCCCCUGCCCUGGCUGGGCAAGCGGCAGCAGGGCAUAGCCCCCACUCCCAGCACUGCCGUGCCUGCAUCCCGUGCCCUGGAUGGGCAGCUUGUCCCAGUUUUAGCCCCAAUCCCUCCCAUUCCCCAUGCCUCAUCCCUCCCCCACCAAACCCAACAGAUUUACCAGCUGGAGGCAGAUGUGUUAGCUGCCUGUUUAGUCUAUAGCCGAAUCUCUGAAUCGGCCAAAUCUUUUCCAACAUUUUUUCAAAUUGAUUUGGAUGCUUGGAAUAGAUUCAGAGCUUUUUAUUGGUCUCCCAGUUCGAUUUGGAUUUGGAGAUUCGGUCCCUGAAUCAGGCCAAAUCUCUUCCAAAUUAAAUCGGCAACCAAAGCUUCACACAGCCCUACUAUUAGGGAUAAAUUAUUAUAGCAUCAUUGUUGCCAACUAAAGUAGCCCUUUUGAGGCCCAUGAAGCUACUCUGAUUUGCAUCAUCUUGUCAACAGUGUUUAAAGUAUUUUAAUUGUUCUUUCAGUUCAAGUGAAGUAAUAAGUUGUAUUCCAUUUUGAUAUUUUGAUUGAUCCUUCUUUUAAGUUUUAUGUCUCCCUGCUAAUACAGUGAAUUCAAAGCUUCUUGUUCACUUGUGUGAUGUAUGCCCACUCACACUUGAAACUAUUGUAUAUCUUCAUUAGUGAUUAUAAUGGUAUUGCCACUCUGCACACUCCUUCCCCCCAAUAUCUGACCAGAUGUAAUUCAAUGUCUGUUGAAACUGUGCCUCUUGUUUCAGAGCUGACUUAACAAAUAACUGGUAAAUAGAUUUUUAUAAAUAAACAGUGAUUUAAUGUGAUAUUGUAAUUAUUAGGUAUGUAACAAAGUAGAAUUGAUAAUUCAUAUAACUGAAAGACAUUGAUUUUUAUGUAUGUUUAAUAAAUAUUCCCCAAGUUAUGAAUAUUUUCCUUUGCAUAUUGAGGCGUAUUAACAUUUUUUUUUAAUAAUAGAGAAUGUUAUAUAUUUUAAAUAAAUUCAGGUUAAAUGCCUGCUUUCCUUUCCUGUAUCAUUUUUCUAUAACUCUGAAUGGAUCUAGCACAAAAUCUUCCUCACUUUACUCAAAUGAACACACCCUUUUAAGCCUAUUUAUGUUAGGAAUGUUAUUUUAGAUGAGUAAGAUUCAGGGCUAGAUUCUUAGGUAUUAUAAAGGGAACCAGGAAAUCACACCCUUUGAUUUUUUUUUUCAUGAUUGCUAUUCCAUGAUAUGUUUCUAUGCUAAUGUAUACAUCUUUAUAAUCAAGUACUUUUCUUGAUCAAGUAGAUUGAAGUGUUUCACUAAAAUUAAAACAUGAGAAACUUUUUAAAUACAGAAGAUACAUUUAAUUUUUAUCAGCAUGUCAUAAGAAUCCUUCAAAGAAUGUUUUCAAAAUCAAAAGCUUUUGAAGUUUUAGUUUAGGCUUCUAAAGGCAAUUCAAGAAAUUCAUGAAAAUUUGCCCACCUUCAAAACGUGUCAGAUUUCCAAAGGAAAAAUUAGAUCCUUGUUUUAAUUAAUGCCUAUAAUCUUCAUUUCUAUUUUUCCCCAAAGCUUCAUUUUUUAUUUCUAGUUCUGUGGCAAAGUAUUAGUUUUCUCUCUCCUAUCCCUGCUUUUUCUUUAUCUCCCCUUUCAUCCUUUUGUAAUGGAUCACCUUUAGUCUGCAUACCUAAUAGAAACCUUUUAAGAAUUUAGAUGUUUCUAGCAUUCAAACAUACUCUGGUAUAUUAAAAAGUUUUUUCUCUGA